AUGCCGACGGCGACGGCGACGGCGACGCCCAAGGCGGUGAUCCACCAGCGGUACGGCGCCAAGGCCGUCUACAGGGUGGAUGAGGUGCGGGAGGCCGUUGACGGCGUCUGCCCCGGCCUCGCGCUGCCGCAGAGCACCAGGUGCGUCUACCGCUGCCAGCUCGACAUCCCCGGGGUGCUCAGCGUCUCCACCCCGGGGACCUUCGUCAGGAAGAAGGACGCCGAGCAGGCCGCCGCGCAGAUCGCCAUCGAAAAGGUUGCCAAGUUUUCUAUCGCUGGGGCUUUAGGUGCCUCAUUAUGUUUAGGCAGCAAUGUUAUCUUGUAUCUUAGAUACGAACAUUUGGCUUCUGAGCUUGGUAUUCAGCCCACAUCAAAUAUCCCUAAUACACCCGAAGAAGCUUGGGAGGAACUUAUUAAUCGGAUAUCUUACUUUUUUACAGAUGAGAACUUCCCCACAUCAUCUCAUCCUCUUGUUGGGCACUUGAGUGUGACACUCAGAAGAACUGGGGAUUUCCUUGGAAAGAUACCUAUUUCAGCUAUUGUUGCUUGUGAUGUUAAGGUCCAGACAUUGUGUAAAAUUAUUGACCCUAAGGCAGAAUUUGAUCCUCUCUUGGUUCUUUCGAUGAUCUAUAAUGCCGCCAAACAAUCUCCUGGUGUAUCUGUUAGUAACAGAAACUUCUGGAUUCAGAGUCAAAGGCCUUAUUCCUCUGAGGCUGUUGAUUUGGCACUUCAGUGCUGGUCUGGUAUUUCAGAUCCCAUAAGAGUAGAAGCAGUUCUUAUUCCUUGUGCGAUGGAGGAUGAACCUAAGAUGGUAAGCCUUAAUAUAUCAGAGAAUGAACAUUACAUGGGUGAUAUAGCAUUGAAGCUCUCUGCAACCGACUCAUCUCAUGUCCUUGUUUCAAGAACAGUUGACAAAGCAUCCUCUGAGAUGAGGUUUUAUUUCCCAGCUCCGGAUGUACAAUUUGUUUCUGAUUUAUCAAAACAAUUGGUGGAUGAUCGUGGAGAUCGCAAUAUGAACUGUGUAAUAAAUAAGCGAGCUUCCUAUAUUUCUGGCCAAACAAUUUAUGGAGAUGCAGUUUUGGCAAAUGUGGGAUACACAAGGAGAGAUACAGAACUUCAAACUGAUCAUGUCAAUCUAUGUACCUAUUACAGGAUUCUUCUGAGAAAAUUACCUGAUGGAAUUUACAAGAUCUCCAAGGACUCGAUUCUUGUGGCAGAGCUUCCGUGUGUUUAUACUCGUACCAGUUGGAAAGGCCCCUCUCCACGAGAUCUCCUUUGUUCUUUCUGUCGCCUCCAGAGGCUAUCAGAACCCUAUUUCGCUGCCAAUAGGGUAAGUGCAUCCUGUAAUGUCCUAGGAUCAGCUGUGGGCUCUGAAGAGAUGGGGUCACUAAAAGCAACCGCAGGAAAUCAGUGCGCAAAUGAUGGAAGGGUUGCCAAGGAAAACCCAGACAUGUUCAAGUGCUCUGUCAAAAUAUAUUCAAAGAAGAGGGACCUUUUACUAGAGUAUUCUACAGAUUAUAGCUGGAGCAAGGAAACUGAUGCUAUUCAGAAUUCUGCGUUGAAGGUCUUGAUUUGGUUCAAUCAUUAUUUUAAGCAGCUGAACACGCCUGUGGAGAAGCUAUAUCUUCCUAAGAGCACUGAUGGCUUCACGAUAUAUCCGAAUAUAUUUUUACAAGAAUUUGCAAUGUGCUUAUCUGUCUAUGGCAAGACAAGUGGUGGUGAUUCAAGAACAUGCAGCGCAGUUGGAUAUUUUUCUAUGGAUACAUCAUAUCAGCAGCUUGAAAGCAGUGCAUUUUUAACAGACAUUGAUGGUCAAGAUUCUGGCGUUUUUCCAUCCCAUGGAUCGUUGGCUUGCAUAAGCUACAGUGCUCACCUGUUUAUGAAGGACAGCAGAAAGAGAUACCUCCUAGAAGUCAACAAUGAGUUUGAGUUUGAGAUAGGGGCUGGAGCUGUUAGGAAUCAGCUUGAAUCAUGUGCAACUCAACUCUCAGUUAAUCAAAGUGCAUGCUUUGUAGAUCAACUGUCUGAUAGGGAUUUGAGCCUGGCUGCAGCUUGUGAGUUGUCACUGGACCUUUCCAAGAUAUGUAGAGACAGCUGCGUCUUGGAGUUCUCCGUAAAGGUGUUACAAGUAACUGAACCUUUAGAAGAUAGAAUGGAGAAGGCCUUGUUCAAUCCCCCUUUAUCUAAACAGAGGGUUGAAUUUGCUGUUCGGCACAUCAACCAGCUGCAUGCUACAACAUUGGUGAAUGUUACUUUCAUCCUAGUUGAUUUUGGUUGUGGAUCUGGUAGCCUUCUUGACUCACUGUUAGAGCAUCCAACAACCCUUGAAAAAAUUGUUGGUGUUGAUAUUUCUCGAAAGGGUCUUACGAGAGCGGCAAAGAGCCUUCAUCAGAAGCUUAGCAAGAAACUCUUGUUACAAAGUAGUGUUCCAACAGCUGUGCUCUAUCAUGGAUCAGUAACAGAUUUUGAUUCUCGCUUAUAUGGGUUUGAUAUUGGCACCUGUCUUGAGGGACUUUUUUCGACUAACCGAAGUAAACUGCAGGUGAUUGAGCAUGUGGAGGAGGACCAAGCAAGUUUAUUUGGCAACAUUGUAUUGAGUUCAUUCUGUCCGGCGGUGCUCAUUGUUUCCACACCCAACUACGAAUACAACCCUAUCCUCCAGAGGUCAGCUUUGCCAAACAAGGAAGAGAAACGGGAACAAGACGCUGGGUCUUGCAAGUUCCGCAACCAUGACCACAAGUUUGAAUGGACGAGGUCCCAGUUCCAGCACUGGGCUACUGGCCUCGCUGCAAGCCACAACUACAGUGUGGAGUUCAGUGGCGUUGGCGGCUCAAGCGACGAACCUGGCUAUGCUUCCCAGAUUGCUGUUUUCAGAAGAAUGGCGAGAGAUCAAGGUGAAUCUUCCCUGAACGAGGAUGAUUCGCAUCAACCUUAUGAAGUUCUCUGGGAAUGGCCUAACGCAUCUAUAUCGUCUCACUGA